AUUCGGCGGAGGGAUACGGAGCGAGCGUCCGUCAGGGAUGAAGGUGACGGUGGCGAUGGUGGUGAUGAUGACCACGAUGGCGGAGACGAUGGUGAUGGUGAUGACGGUGAUGAUGACGGUGGUGAUGAUGGUGGUGAUGGUGAUGCCCCGCGUUUCUCCGCUCGUCGCCACCUCCUCCUCCUCGUGUCGUCCCCGCCGCGGCAUCUUCUCUCCGCCGCCGCCGUGAGCUCCGAGUGGCGGUGGUGGUGACGACGUCAGUGGCACGAGUGGACACCACGGGCGGUGGUGGUGGUGGUUGUGGUGGUGCUGGUAGUUGAUGGGAGAGAGCGAACCAGCACAGGCACCAUCCACCCCGCGUCUCCCCCGAUUAAUGAACCCCGCACCCCCCACCCUGGCGUGGUCAUGAUUGCCGCUUUUGCUAUUGCGGUCACUGACGCGACAACAUCAUCAUCAUCACCACCAUCAUCACCAUCAUCAUCAGCAGCGGCAUUCACUCUUCUCAUCUACAGCAACACAACCGCAGCAGCAGCCGGCGACGAUAGCGGCGUUGACGGCGAGAAGGUACCACUCGUCGAAGAACCGCUGCUGCUGCUGCCCCCACACCUCCCCCACCUCCACCACCUCCUCCUACUCGGCGUGUCGCUCGUCGCCGCGAUGUGCACCUCGCUGUUCGCCAACCUCCUCCUCCUCGGCGUCUUCUACCGGCGGCCGGGCCUCCUCUUCCACAUCGCCAACCGGUUCGUCUUCAACCUCAUCGUGGCCGAUCUCCUGCAGACGACGGUGGCAAUGCCUCUCUCCCUCGCGCCGCUGCUCAGCGCGUCGCGCCCCGCAGCCUCCUACUGCCACGUGGCCGUGGCGUUGAGCCACCUGUUCGCAUUCGCCGGCGUCAACACGAUCGCGGUGGUCUCCGUCGACCGCUACCUCGCCAUCAUUCACCCGCUCUCCUACCCGACCAAGAUGACGCCGCGCCGUGCCGCCAACCUCAUCGCCUGCACCUGGGCAAUCGGAGCCUUGCAAGGCGGCCCCCCCUUGCUCGGCUGGGGGGCGGCCGGGCACGACCCGGCCACGGGUCUGUGCGCCCCCCUCUGGAGCGCGCACGCCUCGUACGCGGCCUACGUGAGCGUGGCCACAUUCUGGCUGCCCGUGUGCGUGAUGCUCUGCUGCUACGUGAUGGUGUUCCGCGCGGCACGGAGGCAGAACUUGCUGGUGCGUCCGCUGCGACGGGUGUGGAGCGGCGGCGUGGAUGCGGCAGGCGGAGAUGGAGGAGGAGGAGAAGGAGGAGCUGUUCAGGGCCAGGCGAAAGAGCGCCGUCGUUAUCGGCAACACUGGAAAGCUGCCCGCGUCGUCUUCCUCAUCCUGGCCUCCAACGUGCUCUGCACGGCGCCCUACAGCGCGCUCGGCGCCGCGGCCACGCGCGCUCCGUGCUGGGUGCGCGCGUGCGCCGCGCUCCUGUUCUUCUCGCAGUGCUGCGUCCACCCCUACAUCUACGGCUACAUGCACCGCAGCAUUCGCCGCGAGAUUGUGCGGGCGCUCUGCGGGAUGCACGUGGCCGACGGCGGCGGUGGCGGUGGCGGUGGCGGCGGCCUCGCCGCGGGAGGCGGCGGUGAGCGACCGCGGCGAGCCGGUACCUCGGUGGACAGCGGGCAGACGAGGAGCGAGAGGAGCGAGAGGAGGAGGACGAUGAGGAGGAUGAGGGGGAGGACGAGGGGGAGGCGAUGCGGGGUGACGCAGAGCGAACUGGGUGAUGGCAGCAACACGGACAGUGCUCUGCCUUCAAGCGCAACGGACGGCAGCUGCGCCCGGCAGCAAUGCGGCGGGAAGCUGCUUUGGCAUGCGGUGGCUGGGUUUGCGGGCUACAUGGCCCAGCAGACGAAGCCUCCUUGCCUGCCGGAGACGCUCACCGAUGAUCGGGACUGUGUCUAG